AUGAAGUGUUUAUUUGUCAUAAUUAUGUUUGCUGCGUUUGCAAUGGCUGAACUUCCACCAUCUAACAGCUACCUUCCACCUCCACCAUCGAGUCGCAACACCGGAUAUCCCCAGGGCCCUCAGGCUGUACCUUUCCCAGGGGCACCUCAAGUUAUUGCAGCCAGGAAUCUGGAGCCAGGACGUGGACUUAGCAGCAGCUUCUCCAGGGGCGGUUCACACGAUCACUCUGCCCAGGGAAGGUUGGGUUCAGGUAGUGAGGGUUACAAUGACAACUCUGCUGCAUACGGAAGGAACGACAUCGACGCUAUACCGGAGCCAGCAAACUACAACUUUGGCUACAUGGUGACCGACUUCAACGAGGGCACUGACUUCGGCCACCACGAGGAACGUCUCGAGGAGAAGGCCCAGGGGGAAUACCACGUGGUGCUACCUGAUGGCAGGAAACAGACCGUAAGCUACGAAGCUGACGAGCGUGGCUUCAAACCCCAGGUGAGCUACCAGGAUUCCGAGGACCUCACCCGCUCCGGAGGGUACGACACCAACGCCAGCACCCGUAGCCAUGCCAACGGAUACCAGAGCGCUGGACACGACGCCCGUGGCUAUUGA